AUGUCCUCCAUCCAGCAAGUGGAGGGCACCAAUCUGCACUUUUACCAGGAUUGUGGCGAGAGCCCUGUCUUCAAGGGCAUCUUCUGCAAGAAGCAUUUGCCGCCGCCGCCUCUGGCAAGAGCACGCGGCAAGCGGCUGGCCGCAGAGCAGGUGCGAGUGAGCAAGCGACUCUGUUUCGCUGCGGAACCUGCUACGCUCCUGCAGGCACACUGUGCCGGAGCUGCGAUCGCGACACCGCCGCCGUUGCAGCUUGCAGUUGCAAUGCGAGCCACAUCUCAGGCGGCCUACAGACAGCGUGGGGGAAUCGCAGAUAUCGAUACGGAUGCCUGCGGUGACUUCGUCACGUGCAGAACAUCCAAAAUGCCGCGGCGACUCAACCGACGAUCCGGGGGCUGGCUGCUUGCGUGCACCAGCGAUGGCAUGGUGACUUCCCUGAUGGAGUUCCUGGGAGGUCUGAACAAGGUUGCGGACAGCCCGGAGCACGGACCAGAGUACGCUUUCAACUUGCCGGACGGGGUGGCCAGCCGUUUCCGCUACACAGUGGAGGACGGCGUGCCGUGGGCGCAGUUCCGGGUGCCUAAUCGAGACAUAGAGGAUCAUGCAGAGCUUUCCGUCCGAGCUGGGGCAGUCCGAGUAGUGGAAAGGUUCACUGCGCCACACGAGGUCUUGGCGUUCGACCAAAGUGGCCGUGGAGCUUUCCUCGCCUACCAGACGUUGCUCUCUGUGCGUGCAAACGCUGCUGCGCAGGUCGGCAGCGACGCCCUGGCCACGCGAAUGAGCAUUGCCCCGUGGCAUCUGGGUAUUUUGAGCGCUUUAAUGUACGUCUUCGAUGUCUUCGUGGGAAGCUGCGGAGCGCCUGUAGCCGCUGCUGUGCUGAUUUCGGAGCAGCAUGUUUGUCGCGCAUGGGCGCUACUACAACUGCUCUUGCAGAUACGGAGCGUCUGGGGCAAGCAAGAAGAGGAGGGCGUGAAACCAUGUUCAGUGAAAGUUCCUCCCCGGGACUUUCAUGCUAUGGUUGGCAAACAUUGCAGCCUGCCCACUGAGCCCAUGGCCGCAUUUCCUGCCACACAGCCCUACCAUGAGAAGCCACCAAUUCCCACAGAAAAGGAUGCCGUCAAACAACUUUUGACAGGCAAGGAUUUCGACGAUUUCCUGAAGAAAGGGUACGGUGCCUAUGGAGCGUCCGCGCAGUCAGUCCAGUCCUUUCUCACGGAUCGGGAGAUAAUGCGGAGAACCGUUCUUCGCGGAAAACCGAAGGUGACCUACAAAGAUCUCUCUCUCCGCAAGAACGAGAAGACAGCGGACGGCAAGAAGAAACUUUCUGUGCCGAAGGAGACAUGGAUUCAAGUGAUGCGGGCCGGCCUGGCGGAGCACCCCAUCGGCAAGAUCACCGCCGACGCAAACCCCGUUGUCGAGUUCAGCUCCAUUCCCCCAGACGAAGCGCCGCGUGUGGCUUUCCACAACUUCUUGGUGGAUCUCUGCAACGUCUCCGUGCGCCAGUUCGCGGAGACCUUGGCGGCCACCAGCUCCAGACCCAAAAAACGGGCCAAGCAAGAGGAGGCAAGUGAGUGUGAGGAGGACGACGAGGCCGACACGUGA